AUGGCCAGAGCAAUUCAUGAAAAAGAGCUAAUGCUGCAGGAGAAGCUACAGGAGGAUGUUAAACAACUCAGGAGGAUGCAAGAUCAGAGAAACGAUGACAGAAUAAGUAUAAAACAUGAAGAAGAAAGGGCCAGAUGGGAAAAAGAAGUUGCACAGUCACAAAGAAAAAGUCAUAAAGGAACUCAACAGACCACAGUUCAUGAGCAAGAAGUGAGUGGAGAGUUUCUCAAGUCAACUAGGGGAAAUGUGAAGGAGCAUACCGGAAGCAAAAGAGGGGAGGAAAAAGGUGAAGCCAUUUGGGGAAAGACUGGUGUCAGGUCUCAGGAUGGAACAGUAAAAACAAAAGAAAGAGCAGAUAAAGAUUGGUCAAGAGAAAGGAAAUAUAAGGAACUGUAUCUCUCUGAAGAUGAACGAGAUAUGCCUCAAAGUAGUCAACAAAUAACUUCUCAUAAGGCUGCAACAGGAAACAGCAGAGGUGCAGAAAGAAAAGUGCUUCCACCAGUUUCUCAUCCCUCUCAUUCCAGCAGAGAGCAAGGGGAGCUCAGACAGGAAGAUAGCACAGACACCAGCCUCCAACAAGUCCCUUGCAGUGUCUGCAACAGAAUGUUUACAGGUGAAAGAUUACAGAAGCAUCUCGAAAUCUGUACUAAGCUGAAACAAUCGAAGCGUACAGUCUUCAACAUCUACGUACACAGGACUAAGGGAUCCGCCAUAGAGGAGUACUGGAAAACCCACACAAAGAGUCCAGAGGUUUUGAAGAAAAAAACCAUUCGGCAUCUCCACAAGACAAACAUAAGUAAUCUGGAGGAAAGUCGACUCCCAACUGGAACUUCCAAACCAAAAUGGGCAAAGUGA